ACCGCCCUACACGUGUAGCUUCGUACUGCUGCUCUUGGCUUUUAUAGCUCAAUGCCCUCUGGCCGCGGUCUUUCAUACAGAGCUGUUCAGGAGUACAUUUUCGUUUUAAUCUGAAAAUCCGGUGUUUCUCAACAACAAAAAAGCGUUCAAACAAGCGACCUUAGGUAGAUGGCCACAUCCGAAGUUGUAUAGCCUACGGCAAAUAAGGAGUUGGCUUUAUCUGCCUAAAGUAGCAACGUUGUUUUCAGUUUGCGUUCCCGCGGAGGCACAUGUAGCAUUGGCUACUACUAGCUACAACAACAACAAGCGGGCUAGCGCUACAUAGUGGCCAGAUCAGCAGCGGAGGGUUGUUGUGGCCAAAGACCGACAUGAUGGAGCAAGAGGAAGUGGAGAAAACAAAUGGUGGUGCGGCCAAACGCACUCUCUUUGGACGCAAGAAGAUGGUGGUGUGUGACAACAGUCAACAAGGGAAUCCCAACCUGUCCAAGAGGAAGAAAGGAGUUGUCCAAGAGGACGAAGGGAGUGCAUUAUGUCAAAGUGAUGAGGAUAUAGAUGGUGACUCUUCAGGAGGGGAGAGUGACAAUUCCUUCCUAGAUCCUGCUUUUGAGGAGGAAUUAGAUCAACGUAUUAAACAGGAGGAAAAUGAGGACUUCCAUUUGUCGGAAACUGAAGAGGAAUCAAAUGAGGAGGAAGACCACAUCCCAGAAGCCACAAAAGCCAGAGUUUCAAAAAGUACAAAAGCCACCUCCAGCCCUAAAGCAGCAAAGCAAAGGGAAUCCUCUUGCCCCUGGACACCCAGAUCUGCAAAAAGGCAAUACGAAAGGAAUGCCCCAGGUACAUCCCUUAUCACUGGGCCAAAGAAGUGGAAGAAUGAGGAUGAACCAGAUGAAGAGCCUAAUGUGUUCCGCUUCUGUCCAGCCAGGACUCCAGGAGCACAGCUUGACCCUUACCAGAACUACACCCCUCUGGAGCUCUUCCGGCUCUUCUUCAAUCAGGAUGUUGUUGAUACGCUCUGCUCAAACACCAACAAGAAUGCAACAAGAAGAAAGGAAUCGGGUAACAAACGCAAGUGGCGCCCUUUACUUGCAGAGGAAUUGUACAAAUACCUGAGCAUUGUCAUCUAUAUGGGUCUAAUGUCUGGGCAUGGAGUGGGAGACUAUUGGAGUAAGAGAAGGCCAUACCAACUUCCCUUCUGCCGAUCUGUCAUGGGCCUGAGCAGAUAUCAGGAUAUCUCUUGGUCACUGCACAUGAGUGACCCAGCAGAGGAUGAGGAAAAUGAAAAUAAUAAAGGGACUGCAGAAUACGAUCAGCUAAUGAGAAUCAAACCUCUCAAAGACCAGAUAUUGGGGGCAUGCAGAGCCUUCUACCACCCAUUCCAGAACCUUUCCAUUGAUGAGCGCAUGGUGCGCUCCAAAGCCUGCAACAGCCUCAAACAGUACAUUAAAACCAAACGCUACAAGUAUGGAUUCAAGCUCUAUAUUUUAGCUGACUCGCGCAAUGGCUACACCUGUGACUUCAAUGUCUUUAUGAGCAAGAACCCAUCUACUUCAGGAAAAGGUGAGAACUAUGAUGCUGUCAUGAACCUUUUGAAUGUCACUUACUUGGGUACAGGGUACCACCUUUAUGUUGAUAACUUCUUCACCAGCGCAACUCUCUUCCGUGACCUGUAUGAGAAAAACAUUGGAGCAUGUGGAACCCUUCGUGAAAACCGUGAGGGCCUUUCCCGUAUCCAAGAGAACAGCAUGCCUCCUCGAGCAGAGAGGGGGACCAUCCGCUGGCUCCGUGACGGGGAGCUGCUCUUCACCAAGUGGAUGGAUGCAAGACCAGUCACCAUGUGUAGCACCAUCCAUAAAGCCUCCGUAGAGGACCAGGAAAAAAGGAGGAAACGCGGUGCAGGUGGCAUCUGGACACUAGAGUCCGUAUCCGUCCCAAACGUGAUCAAGUGCUAUAACAAGUAUAUGGGGGGUGUGGACCUGUCUGAUGCUCUCAUCAAAUACUACAGUGUGGCCCACAAAACCAUGAAAUGGUACAAGACGUUCUUCUAUCACUUUGUGGAUAUUGCUGUUGUGAACAGCUACCUCCUGUACAAGGACAUGGCUGUGGUCAAAAAAGAAAAGCUCAUGACUCACAAACAGUUCAGGGAGAAGCUUUGUGUGCAGCUUGCUGGCAUUGGGGAGGAGGAUGAGGAAGAGGAGGAACAGCAGGAAUGUCAUAAAGCACAAACAAAGACAUUCUGUUGCCCUGUGUCCAUAAUCGAUCAGACCACCAUUGACAUCGGUAAACGAGCAACUGCAGGAAGGAAGAAAUGUCUCCUCUGCCAGUUGAAGACCAACUGGAAGUGUGACUCCUGCGGGGUGCCACUCUGUAUGAUACCAGACAGGAACUGCUUCAGAGCGUGGCACUUGGACAAAAGAGCGAGAGCGGAAAAACCAGGCCCGGCCAACGUCAUCAAAGUCCUAAGUAGUGACAUUGAAAUACCUAAGAGAGGGCGUAAAAAAGGACACCAAGCAAAAUAUGGCCUGGUCAAAGUCGAAAGUGAAGAAUGGUAAUAGUCAUGUACAUGGAAUCACUUGGUAUAAAUGGUGGAGAUGGUGUACUAGUUGCAGUACUGAGACCUGAAAUGUGCCUAUAGUAGAACACGAACUAAGCAGGCAGAGAUGACUGGAAGCACAACGAUUGCAAACAAACAAAUGAAAUACGAUCAGACAAACUUGACGGACAAGAAAAUAAGAGAAGACUACUCGGACAAUGAACUGUGCAUGGCCAGCCUACCACAAUGAUGAAGAGGGCCGAGCUGAAACUAAAAAAACUGCCUGCAACUUGUUAAGCUUAAAAUUGAUCAGAAGAGGCUUUGAUACUUCCAGAUAUAGCUUAGUUUCAUUGGAACUCCAGCCGAAACAAAUCGUUUUGUUUUUUUGUUAAAUAUUUGUAGGGGUUCCCCUAAUGACUUAGCCUUUGAAACGCUUACUAGCCCACCAUAGGAUUCUUUAACAUGGGAAAUGCCCAUAGCGUUACACUAGCUGGAGAUUUCCAUUAAUUUCAAGUACUGACAACUACUUGGAUUUUGAAGAAUGACUUAGAAAUACUUCAGUUCUAACUUUCCUACUUUACUCCGUUGUAGUCUAUACAUGCUUGUUGUCAUGUAAUGGGAUGCAAAUGCUCCUUGGUUAACUAUUUUUUGGUAGUGGUGGUGGUCACUGAUGGUAUGCACAGUGUGGCUUAACUGAGGGCUAGAUCUGCGAUUGAAAUGUAAAGUAAAUUUCCGAUUGAGCUGACAUAUGCAGCGUUUACCGUGAAUGAAAACAUUACCUUUAAAUUUAAAUCGCGCUAUAACGCGGAUCUUCCACGGCACAUAUUGAAUCUAGGCCUAAAUUGUUUUUAACUUGAUUUUCUUCAUUUCUACUUGUUUGAGUCUUUUUUUAACAGGAUAUGUGCGGCAGGUAGCUUAGUGGGUAAGAGCGUUGUGCCAGUAACCGAAAG